CACAACGGAUCGGUCGCCAGUGUAAGUAAACAAGGUGUCGCGAUUCUCUUUCGCUCCCCUGAUUUGCAACAUCUCCUCGGCAUAGCGUCGCGUCGCCCCUGCUGCUCCGCCGUCUUUAUUUUCGUCGACCCCUUUGUGGGCUCGUUGUCCCCUCCCCCCGCAAAUUUGGACGCUGUGCAUUCGUCAGUCAGGGAUGAUCGCGGAUGGCAAAACCCCCCUCUUCUGCACAAGAUACGAGAUGGCGGAGCGUUAGUCUCCUCGGCAAUGCAACGGGCGAUGCAUUGCCAAGGAUCCACCGCGAAAGCCGAAAAAGGGAUUCAACCCAUCUCUCAAGUCUCAAAUUCUGCUGCUGUUCGCCGCAUUCUGCUUCCCCCAUCUCCAGAACCACGGCGGUAGAUCGGCCAAUCAAACCCCACCCUGGCCACUUCACAUCAGACAGUUAGACUUUGCUCUACCUGGACCGAGACGACGAGGUCUCGACCGAGGCAAGCCAUGUUCGCGCAAGCCUUUGGGCUGCUAUGGCUCGCCGUCACCUGUGCCUCGGCGGCGUACGUGCAACAUCACGACUGCGGCGGCCCGGCACUUAAAAACGACAUGUUCGGUUCCCAGAGUCUAGACGCCACUCUGGUGGCAUCGGAUGACGGCCGCGAGAACCAUUUAAGUCUGCGGCUUGGCCGAUGGGUGGAAGAAGCGGAGUGCCAGGACCUUUCGCGGAUGAUAUCCGCCGCGGUCAUCGAAAUCGACAUGCUCGGGCGGUCGUCCGUAUAUCGCAUUGCGACGAAUACGACGUGCAAGCGGCUCAACUAUUCUACGAAAUGGACCGCGCCGCUGGUGAGCCCGUUCAGCCUCUACAUCUCCGCUACGGAUGAUAUUGGUCAUCUCCCCCCGUUAUCGACCUUUCACGUCACUUUCCACCUCGAAGGGAACGACGCAAAAGAAGUUAGCUGCCGAGAAGCAAUCAUCACCCCGGCUCUCGGCCCGACCACCUCCUCCGCCAUCACUUACUCGACCUGGGCCCUUUUCAUUUUCGUGCUACUAGUCGGAGUCGCACGCUCCGUCUACAGCUCCCCAAUCACUCUCGAUGGUGAAGAAACGCGCUCUGUUCGGGCCAUACUUCCCAAUGUCGGGGACUGUCUCCAGUACAUGCAGUUCAUCUUCCUGACGGGCGGACUCAGUCUGCGGUACCCGGGUUUCUACCAGCCCGUUGUCAGCCAUCUCAAUUGGUGGUCUCUUUUCGUCAACGGGCCAAUCACCCAUGGCCGGGUGUAUGGGAGAGUGGAAGAUGGGAUCUACGUCCUGAACGGCACCUACGGCGGCACUUACGGCAUGGAGUUGAUGACCCAGAUUGCCGGCGCGCCCAUGACGAUGGAUACCUGGCUCAACAUGGUCGUCCUCAUGCUUGUCAUAGCAGCGAGCACCGCCUUGGUCUUCGAGGCCUUCUGCUUCGUCAACAGGAACCACAACUCGGACAGCGAGUCGUCGCGACCCGUCCGCGGCAUACGCCUGACAUGUAGCCGCGUCGUGCGUGUCAUCCUGUCGUAUUUCAUGUUCCCCUUGACGGCCUUGUCUUUCUACCAGCUCGAUCACGCCGCAUGGCUACCCGUCUAUCACACAACGCUAGCUGUCGCGCUCAUUGUGGUCAUGAUGGCCGCUUUCGUUUGGCUCAUCCAACAGAUUCCAACCCGCAGCCUCGGCGUUCUCGUCUUCGACAGCAGCAAGCGAUACCGACAGAUGUCCCCUUGCGAAGACUUUCAGCGGCAAGACGAGAGGUUCAUUUUUAUCCUCUUCGCCCUAACCUUCGUCCGAGGUGCAGCCAUUGGCGGUUUACAAAUUUCCGGUCCAGCGCAGCUAGCUGUCCUCGGGGCUUGUGAGCUGGUUUUGCUCGCCAGCAUUGCCGGGUUCCAGGCGUACUCGACAUUCUCUGUGGGAAGCAUCGCGGCCACCAUGAGACUCUGCAGCUUGGUCUUUUUGGUUGCGUUUCUUCCCGGUCUUGCCGCCAAUGGAGUCAAAAGUGCCAUCGGAUACCUCCUCCUGGCUGUUCACGGAGGCAUGCUUCUCUUCGGUUUCUUCGUUCCCGCCGUUUGUGAUCUAAAAGCCAUUGUCAAGAACUGGUGGACAGCACCAAAACCCGAUGUUUAUGGGCUUCGCCAGCUCCGUCGACGUGAGGUGUCGCGAACAAACCUGUCCUCCAUGUACACCACUGAAGGGCCUGAUACGUCGUACCCAGAGCCAGAUGAUGUUGAAGAGCCCAACACACGCUACUUGCGGCCGACUUAUCGGUCAGACACUCCCAGCACCUUGCGUCUGAACCCAUCAAACGCUUCCAGUCGGUACUUCCGACCACCGCGGUCGAGCGCGUCCCUCUCAUCGGCAGAUCAUCCCCGCAGCAUUGGCUCCUCUCUUUACACUCCUUCGAGAACUGUAUCGACAUCGACUACUUCCAUCAUAGACAAGCGUUCUCUCCAGCGCUCCACGUCAACCAUGUCCCCGAGCCGGCUAUCCGAGUCCACCGAAGAAGAGGGGUCAAGCUCGCCGUCGCAAGGCUCGCACACCAGCAUCAACAGCGGCCCGCUCGGCCCACGAUGGAACGACUACUCGUUUCGGGAGUCAGAUCUUUACUACGCAGUACCCCGCCCGCCGCCCGUGGAGAGGGCUUCGGAAGAGCUGCCCCGACCGGCCGCUCCGCGCCCGUCUGUCCGUUCGUCUUCCGGAUUCUGGGCAAAGGUCACCGGUCAAGCGGGUGCCUCAGAGCAAGGGUUUCAGGUCAUUCGGCCACAGCAGAUCCCGGAACCAGGCUUCGUGGUCGUCAGACCUAAUAGACCGAGCAAUCUCGGAAACGGCGCCGGGGAUGACCCCACGCGGAUACCCGUGCAAGAUGCUUAAUCGAUUUCAACUACGGUUCUUGGAGUUUAGUGGCAAGCCUGUGUAAUCACUGCUUUUGGGGCGUACGUUUUGGAUGCAGCUGGGUAUAGCAUGGUUGGGGGGCGUAAGGAUAAGACAGGAUUGGGAGAGGUCAUACAUGCCUGAUGUUUCUUGCACUAGGAUUCAUCGUCACGUGCGUGUAUCUUUAUCGACAUCUAUGAAAAUUGCAUACCAUUUUCCAAGGACCGACGUUCCCUUCUAUUCACUCAUACUAGCACAGUCUUGCCAGGGGAAGUU